AUGUCGGUCGGCAAAUUAGGCGAGUUUAACCUCAGUUCGGGUACGUGGAGUACCUAUAUCGAUCGAAUGGAGCAAUAUUUUCUUGCCAACGACGUGAAACCUAACCUACAAGUACCUACGUUGCUCGCGUGUGUAGGUGACGCAACAUACGAACUGAUGGUGGAUUUGUGUUCUCCAAAGAAGCCUGGUGAGAUGACAUUUAGUGAAUUGGUCCACCUUGUGAAAAAACACAUUCAGCCAACGCCAUCGAUUCUCGCGGAGAGAUAUAAAUUUCGGAAACGAGUACAGGCUCAGAGCGAAUCGGUGGCUCAGUUCGCAGCAGCUUUGAAACACUUAGCCAGAGAUUGCGAUUGUAAGGAUAACCUAGAGGAGAACUUGAGAGACCAGUUUGUAUGUGGCCUAUACAGUGAAACUUCACGACAAAGGUUAUUCUGCGAGGAUAGCGUGACCUUCGCGUCGGCCUUCAAAAAGGCCGUUGCGUUGGAAGCAGCCGCGAAUGACGCUGCGGCAGUCGAACAACGGACGACGACGGACGGCGCGGUGCAUGCGGUGCACGCGCAGGGGGCGCGCCCACCGCGUCCCGACGGCGCCGCGCGCGCGGAGUCGCGGCGGCGUUACGAAGGUUCUGGAAGUAGGGGCCGUCAUGCAAGUGGGCUAAAUAGUCGACAGAAGACCGGAGCGUGUCUGUGUUGUGGAAGCAGAGACCACACUAGGCCGGACUGCCGCUAUCAGAACUUUACUUGCAGGGUCUGCCUGAGGCCUGGACAUCUGCAGCGCGUAUGCCCUAGUGCGGGACGGAAAGCGGAGGGUCAAGUCCUCCGGCUAGAUACAGCACAUCGAGUGGAAGGGAUAGAACGUAGCGGUGACAGUGACGGCGAACGUGAGAACUCGGCUGGGUAUUAUGAUGACGAAGGAGUCGGAGGCCCCAGCGGGCUUUACAUGGUACGACUGACGGGAUCGGAUCCGGUAGUGGCCGAAGUGACCGUGGCGAAUAGACGGCUGGCCAUGCAUGUGGAUACCGGUUCGCCUAUAUCAUGUAUAAGUGACAAAAUAUAUGCGGAGAUGUUUUCGAAAUACAAGGUACAUGAUAAUAGUUACAAGCUAAAAGGCUAUGACGGAAGUGAUAUUAAAUGUGUCGGUUAUAUCAUAGUGCCCGUUAAGUAUGGCCUUAUCAGUGAAAACCUUAAAUUAUACAUAAUUCUUAAAGGCGCGGUGCCUUUGCUAGGCAGGGAGUGGUUAAUAAAGUUGCGUAUGAGUAUUACAGUGCCUAAAUCGGUCCUCGCUAUCGGUAAGGAAAAAUGUGGCGGAUUCGAUAAAAAUAAGUUUAUAAGUGAGUACCCGGGAGUGUUCAGUGGCAAGCUGGGCCGGCUGCGCAGCCAGUGCGCCACGCUGCGCGUGCGGGAGGACGCGCGGCCGGUGUUCCGGCGCGCGCGGCCGCUCCCGCUCGCGCUGCGCGGGGACGUCGACGCCGAGCUUCAGCGCAUGGAAUCUGCAGGUAUUAUAGAACCCGUACCAUCCUCAGACUGGGCCUCGUGUUUAGUAGUAGUUUUAAAGAACAAUGGUUCCUUAAGGAUUUGUGGAGAUUACAAAAGCACGGUAAAUCCGAUGCUUGAAAUUGAUAAGUAUCCGUUACCUAGGUCCGAGGUAUUGUUUAAUAACUUAAACGGGGGGAAAAGGUUCACUAAAAUCGAUUUAUCGGAAGCGUAUAGCCAGGUAACCUUAGAUGAGUCCAAGAAAUAUACCGUCGUUAAUACCCACCGGGGUUUAUAUGUUUACAAUAGGCUGGUUUACGGAUUAUCGUCAGCUCCGUCGAUUUUCCAGCGUAUUAUGGAGCAAGUGGUAGCUGGAAUCCCUAACGUUUCAGUUUUUUUAGAUGACAUUCUUAUUACCGGUAAAACGGAAGAAGAACAUGAAAAAAACUUACAUGCAGUGUUUAAAAGGUUGGAGGAAGAGGGUCUUACAGUCCGGCAAGAGAAAUGUUUUUUCUUUGAAAAAGAAGUCAGUUAUUUGGGGUUUAUUAUAUCGGAACACGGGAUUAGGACGGACGAUAAAAAGAUUGAAGCGGUAGUUAGGGCACCGAAACCGAGUAACGUGUCAGAGUUAAAAUCUUUUCUCGGAAUGGUUAACUUUUAUUCUAAAUUCAUUAAAAAUAUAUCUAUUUUAUUAGCCCCUCUAUACACAUUGUUAAAAAAAGAUGUCGAAUGGAAGUGGAGUGAGGAACAAGACAAGGCGUUCCAGGAUAUUAAGGUAGCUCUAACCAGUUGUCCGGUUUUGAUGCAUUACGACGAGCGGUUACCACUUAUUGUGUCGUGUGACGCGAGCGCGCGCGGGGUGGGCGCGGUGUUGUCGCAGCGCGGGGAGGACGGCGAACGGCCCGUCUCAUACGCGUCUCGCACGCUUAGCUCGGCGGAGGCUAACUAUAGUCAGAUCCAACGGGAAGCACUGGCGAUAGUAUUUGCGGUUAAAAAAUUCCAUACGUAUCUUUACGGUCGUAGGUUUAUUUUGCGUACUGACCAUCAACCGUUGAUAGCCAUUUUCGGUUCAAAAAAAGACAUCCCGCAAAUGGCGUCGGGGCGGUUAAUUCGAUGGGCUAUUUUACUGUCGGGUUACCAGUACGACAUCGAGUAUGUUCAAUCUAAAGAGAAUAAUGCCGAUGCCUUAUCUAGAUUACCAAUACAAGCACCGGGAGGUAAUAACGACGCGAACACGUUUAUUAAAUUUAUUGAAAAUAGAUUCCCAAUUGAUUCGAGUCAGAUUAGGAUAGAAUCAGCAAAAGAUAAAAAUAUAUCUAGAGUAUUGGAGUUUGUGAGGACGGGCUGGCCCAAAUCGGGUUUUAAAGAAGCGGACCGAGAAAUGAGCGCAUAUUGGCGGCGUCGCGAUGAGCUAUAUGUCGAGAAUGGAUGUUUGAUGUGGGGCUGCCGCGUGGUCGUGCCCCUGGCGCUGCGGCCCGCGGUGUUGGCCGAGCUGCAUGGCUCACAUUUAGGUAUGGUUAAAUGCAAAGGGCUCGCGCGAAGCUUUGUGUUUUGGCCCGGUCUAGAUAACGACCUGGAACGGAUGUGUUCAGCGUGUCGGACGUGUGGAGACGUUGCGGAUUUGCCACCGAAAAGCCCAUUGGUACCGUGGUCGUGGCCAUCCAGUCCAUUUGAGCGGGUUCAUAUAGAUUUUUUUGAAUUUAAAAAGGUUUCCUACUUAAUUUUAGUUGACGCACACUCUAAAUGGCUCGAAGUCGUACCUAUGUCUACUACGACUGCGGCAAAUACGAUCUUAAAAUUGAAGGAGAUAUUUUCCCGUUUUGGACUUUGCAAGAUCCUGGUAAGUGACAACGGCCCGCAACUGUCCAGCGAAGAAUUUUCUUCAUUUUUGAAAAACAAUGGUAUUAAACAUAUUACGUCCGCGCCAUAUCACCCUUCUUCUAACGGAGAAGCGGAAAACGCUGUUCGAACGGUUAAAAGGGCUCUAAAAAAAGCGGAAGCUGAAAAAAUUAACAUAAAUAGUUUUUUGCAAAGAUUUCUUCUUGAUUACCGUAAUAGUAUCCAUGGUACUACCGGGGAAACACCUGCGAGAUUGAUGUUUGGACGUCACCUUAGAUCGCGUUUAGACCUAUUAAAAUCGGGAGCUGUGGAAUCGGUAUCGGAUCGGUUGCAAAAAAGAGCACUGGCAAAAGGCGGAACUGAAAGGGUUUGGGUAGAAGGAGAUAAAGUAUGGGCUCAAGACUUUCGCAAGAAUAAAAGGUGGUGUACAGCGAUAAUUAAGAGUAGGAGGGGACGAAAUAUGUACGAGGUUGAGACUGAGGAUGGUUUGCGAUGGACGCGACAUGCAGAUCAAUUGCGUUCUAGUUCGGCGGAGACUAGUCGAGAUUCGACGUCGAGUAACAGUCGUGGUCACCCUACGGUAUCUGCUCAAGCGGCGUUAGCUGACUAUGAUAGCUGUUCGUGUUCGGGUAAUGAGGUUGACGACGACGGGGGCGAAUCUCGUACUGGAACAUCCCCGGUGCUAAAUAAACGGAACCGACGCCGACCAGUUCGGUUCGGUUAUGAUAAUAUUUGA